GAGCAUUUGAAGCUUGUGUCAAAGCGGGUGUACUUAAUCACUAAUGCAGGAGUUUGAUUUCUGAACCUGGGCUGCAUUCAGAGCAGAAGGACAUGGAAGCCAUGGAGGGAUCUUUGUCUAGCAUGACACGAAGGUUUACUGUCAAGAAGUCCAUCAUCUGUUUUAUCGCGGUUUCCACUGUUGUUGUCUUUGCGGUCAUUAUUUUCUCAAAGAAUAAACAUCCCUCGGACUUUGACAUAUGCUCAGAGGUUUCCCCAAAAUUAAGAUUAUUAAGAAGUGCAGAAAGCUCCAGAUGUCCAGACGGCAUCUUUUUGAAAGGUGCUGUAGCUGCAGACUCAGAGACCUGCUCAGUGGUUGGAAGGGACAUACUUAAAAAGGGUGGCUCUGCAGUAGAUGCUGCCAUUGCUGCGCUUCUGUGCACCAGCAUCGUAAACCCGCAGAGCGCGGGGCUCGGAGGGGGCUCUAUAUUCACAGUAAUGGACAGCUCAGGUCAUGUGACGAUCAUCAACUCCAGGGAGACUGCACCUUUAAAUGUGAUUUCUGAUCUCAAAACGAAAUGCGGAGAACCUCCAAAUAAAAAUGGUAUGUAUUGGAUUGGAGUUCCAGGGGAAAUUCGAGGCUAUGAAAAGGCUCACAAGCUAUUUGGAAAACUGCCUUGGGCCGACCUCUUCCAAUGGACCAUUAAGCGGGCCAGAGAAGGAAUCAAGGUUCCUCGAAUUCAAGGCUGCUACAUCCAAAAAAUUUCAGAAAACGAUUCCGUAAGGAAGGCAUUUACAGAUGAAAAAGGAAACCUGCUCAAGACUGGAGACAUCAUUAAAUUUGAGAAACUGGCAGACACUUUGGAGACGAUUGCAGACGAUGGAGCAGAGGCCUUUUACUCUGGAAGGAUAGCAGAGGAUUUGGUCAGAGACGUGCAGGAGGCAGGAGGAGUCCUCACACUGGAGGACUUGGCAUCAUAUAAGGUUAAAGUGACUGAUGCGUGGAACAUCUUUAUUGGGGACUAUCAGAUGUACAUACCCCCUCCCCCCUCAGGAGGGGUACUUCUCGGCAUCGUCCUCAACAUCAUGAAAGGUUGCAGCUGGAUUCAGACAUCAGAUCUGUGGAUUCUCUCUAUGUACAAAAUGAAGUGUAGCAUAAAAAAGAUGUUUGAAACAGGAGAAUGCUGUGUUCUGGUUACUUAUACUAACAUUUAUCCUAGAGUACAUCACGUGGGAAGAGAUGCAAAAAAGAUUUUAGACUCUAGCUUUGCUAAAGAGAUAUGGAGAAAGAUCAAAUCAAACGAAGGACCCAAAAGCCAGACGAAAUAUGAGGGCGGCUCUGGUACAACACACUUAUCUGUCCUGGAUGAGUCUGGAAUUGCUGUCUCUGUCACCAGCUCCAUCAACGCUUUUUUUGGCUCCAGGGUCUACUCUCGAAAUACUGGGAUCAUCCUCAACAACCAGCUGAAGGACUUUUGUAACAUCACUCAGAAUAUCUCCCCAGGAGAGAGGCCCCCCUCCUCCAUGGCUCCCUCUAUUUUGAAGUCUAAAUCAAAUCUGCUGGUGAUUGGAGGGAGCGGAGGGAAAAUGAUCACAACGGGGUUGGCUUCUGCAUUACUUAACUUAUUUUGGCCUGGAAAUAGCCUUAAGGAGGCUAUUGACACCCCUGUUUUAUAUGUUGAUCCAAGUGAACCGAACACAACGAAGUUGGAGUACAAAUUUAGUAUGCUUUCCUCCUGCACACCAACUGAACCUUCAUCCCACCCCAUCUCCUCCUUCUCUCACCACCUUUUCUAA